AUGAGUCGACUUCGGCACGUGAUGGUCCUCACUCGGGACUUGGCACGCUCUACGCACUUUUACCAGGAAGGGCUGGGGCUGAAGCUGCUCUGCUCGUCCGACACGUUUGCCGAGUUCGAUACACAGACGGGCGUGCCGUUGUGCGUCAAGUUGGCCCAGAGCGAGGCUGCCUGUAGUAGCGGGUACUCGCCGUUUUUGAACUUUGUCAUUCCAGAGCUUAGUGACGCAGUGCCGCGGCUGCUGAUGCUGGGGGCGAUCAUGGACGGUCCGAUCAAGUACCCGGCACAUGGAAAGGUGGCGGCAUUGCGCUCGCCAGACGGUGUCAUGAUUGGUCUGUACGAGCCCAACUCGUGGGACAAUGUGACUUCGGCAUGA